AUGGCCCUCGAGAAAGAAUCCCUCUCGUCUACUCCUCCUGCCACCCAUAAUGAGCAUGGGGUAUUCCACCAUCCUCAUGAAUACCGUCAUACCACGGUCGAGGGCCAGCCGGCAUACGCGGAACAUGGCCCUCUGGUCGAUCACAAAGUCCCGCAGGAAGAUGUGGUCCAGUCUGAGCCAGAUCUGGUCUGGAGCCGGGUCCGGCAUUUCAUGCGGGAGCCGUUGUCCGAGUUUUUUGGCGUCUUCAUCCUGAUUCUGUUCGGCGAUGGCGUCGUGGCUCAAGUCGUCCUCAGUAACGGCACUAAAGGUGACUACCAGUCGAUCUCCUGGGGUUGGGGGUUGGGCGUUAUGCUAGGAGUUUACACCGCUGGCAUCUCGGGAGCACAUUUAAAUCCCGCAGUAACGUUCGCCAAUGCAGUUUUCCGCAAGUUCCCCUGGCGAAAAUUCCCUAUCUAUAUGGUGGCUCAGACUCUGGGAGCCUUGUGUGCCUCUGGGGUGGUCUACGCCAACUAUAAGUCGGCCAUUGACGUCUUUGAAGGAGGGGCUCACAUCCGAACGGUCCCUGGCUAUUCGGAUACUGCGACUGCGGGUAUAUUCUGCACAUACCCAGCUGCCUUUAUGACCAAGACUGGACAAUUCUUCUCCGAGUUCAUCGCCAGCGCUAUCCUCAUGUUCUUGAUCUAUGCACUCAAGGACGACGGCAAUCUGGGAGCUGGAAACCUGACACCCCUGGGGCUAUUCUUCGUCAUCUUUGGCAUCGGCGCUUGCUUUGGUUGGGAAACCGGCUAUGCGAUCAACCUGGCUCGAGACUUUGGUCCGAGACUGAUGUCGUACAUGCUGGGAUACGGCCCACAUGUGUGGACGGCCGGCGAUUAUUACUUCUGGGUGCCUAUGGUUGCGCCUUUCUUUGGAUGCACCUUUGGUGGGUGGCUAUAUGACAUGUUCCUGUUCACCGGCGAAUCACCCGUCAACACGCCAUAUGCAGGGCUGGCGAGAUUUCUCAAGCCGAAUCGGGCGACAUGGUCGAACACCUACGUGCCGCAGGAAGGCUCAAAGGUCUAA